GGUGGCUGGCAAUCCGGAACGUUCGAGUGAAUGUACUGCAAUGCUAUAAAUACGAGCUGCGACAAGACUGCGAUUUACUUCCAGCUGCCUCCAAGCCCAUUGUUGACGGAACCGCGGAUAACACACUGAAGACACUCGCAGUACUUGCGAUGCACGCGUACGGGGCGUUGCUGUACCUUUUCCCCAUGGCCGUCGUCGGCAUCGUGGUAAAGGACUCCCCACCACCUAACGAAUAUAAAUAUUCUUACGAAAUCGAAGACCCGACUACCGGAGACACCAAGAGCCAGCACGAGGUGCGGCGCGGAGACGUGGUCAGCGGCUCCUACUCCGUCGUCGAUCCGGACGGGACCCGGCGAACCGUCAAGUACACCGCGGACCCGGAACAUGGCUUCACCGCCGUCAUUCACAGAGAGGCUGCCGCGCCGCCGCCUCCGCCUCCGCCGCAACCUUACGCUUAUCAGGACAUCGGGCCGCAGCAUCGCGUCCCACUGCCGUACGACAACGACGAUCUCGUUGUGAAAUCCCCGCCGUCUGUCGGACCGGUUCUCUAUACCAAACUGUUCACUAAAUUGUUGUACCCUAAAUCUAAUUACGACGACAAACCAGCCUUCUAUUUCACUCCUGCGAAUGAAAUCAAAUCUGAUCGUGAGAGUUUCGCACAAGGACAGUACUUUCAGCCGGCUACCGGUUUUAAAGACUAUAAUUAGAUUUAGUGUGUAUAAUUACCGAUGUACCUGUUCGUUUGUUUUAUUGUAAAUAUUUUUUCCUAUAAUUAUUGUGAUAACUUUAGCAUUAAGUGUGUUGAAUAAACCCACAGUAUUUUAUCGAGAUAAUCUCGAUACCUAAUUAAAUUAAGAAACAAAAAC